CUGUGUGCUGGGCUGCGAGGUACUGCGUCUGUCUUCGCGUGCACGAGCUAGGCGAUUGUCAUGCCUCGGACGUGGCUCUUGUUUAUGGCCGUGUGGUCGUUUGAGAGGAGCGUUUGUUGGGGCUGGUCUUUCCUCGUGCCAAUAGCGGCACCGGCAGCAUCGGCAGCAUCUACGGCACGGGUAGCCAUGUCCGCCACGACAAUGGAUACGCAAGCCCUAGCCCUACCGUCGCUGCCACCGUCCUCCGUUUACGUGAACCUUCCAUUCUGCCGACGGCGCUGCUUCUAUUGCGACUUUCCGAUCAAGGUGGUGGGCGACCGGCCCGGAGCAGCUGCGGCAGCCGCUAAGCCGUACGUCGACAACGUCGUUCGAGAGAUACGCGCAACCGCCGCCGCCGCCGCUAUCGAAGCUCCGAAAUUACCUGCUCGAGGGGGAGCUGGCGGCGACGAUACCAUGGAGCACUCCGGCCGCGGCGGCGGCGUCAAGACGCUCUUUUUUGGUGGGGGAACGCCUUCUCUCUGCCCCCCGGAGCUUGUGGGGUUGCUGAUCGAGACGGUGCGGAAUUGCUACGGUAUUGCUGCCGGCGCGGAGAUAUCCAUCGAGAUGGAUCCCGGUACGUUUGACGAGGCUCGGCUUGAGGCCUUUCUGGCUCUCGGGAUAACACGGGUGAGCAUGGGGGUCCAGUCUUUCGACGCCGGGUUGCUGGAGGCUUGCGGAAGGGCACACUCCCUGGCGGACGUGUACCAGGCGGUCGAGCUGUUGCGAAAGGCCAAGGUGGACAACUUCAGCAUUGACCUCAUGAGUGGACUGCCCAAGCAGACGGUCGAGCAAUGGGAGCACACGCUGUCUGAGGCGAUUGCCACGGGCGCCGCGCACAUCAGCGUCUAUGACCUACAGGUCGAGGCCGGCACGCCGUUCGGGCGGUGGUUUAGCCCCGGGGAGGCGCCUCUCCCCGAAGACGAGACUUGCGCGGACAUGUACCGGACGGCAAGCGGAGUCCUCGGUCAGGCUGGCUACGACCACUACGAGAUUUCCAACUACGCGCGCCCGGGGUUCCAGAGUCGGCACAACCGCGCCUACUGGGAGAACGUGCCGUUCCUAGCCUUCGGCAACGGAGCGGCGAGCUUUGUCGACGGGUAUCGCUUCUCGAGGCCCCGGGGUUUGCCGGAGUACGGGCAGUGGGUUGGCGAGCUGGAGGAGGAGGGCUGGGAUAAGGCUACCGGUGCGCCGCGACGGGCAGCUUGUGAGGAGGUUUUGCCAGGCGGUGGGGGCAUGGGCGAUGGGGCGGGGGCAGAGGAGAGCCGCCCCUCUCGCGAAGCUCUGGAGCGGGACGCUCUCUUGGACGACGUCAUGCUGGGGUUUCGAUUAAAGGAGGGCUUGGACCUGCGGGUCGUUGCCUCUAAGUACGGCCACUCCGCCGCGCGGCGGGUCGAGGAAGGCGCGACGGAGGGCAUGAGGCAAGGCUGGGUGGUCCGCGACACCGCCGCAAGAGGUAGCCGUGGUGGUGACGCUGGUGCCGGCGGCGAGAAGGGAGGCAGAAACGUCGGCCGUGUUGAUGACGAUUUUGUCUACGACGGUGGACGCGGCAGCAGCAGCACCCUUGGUGCGGGUAGCGCCGCCGGCGACGUCGGAGACCACGGUAGAACUAGUCCGGGGAGAGGUUUUCCAGACGACCGCAGCGGGGGCCAAGAAGAUAGAAGAGCAGAAGUCGCGAGCGAUGGCGGUCCAAGAGGCGAGUGGGGAACACUUCGGCUGUCAGAUCCCGACGGGUUUUUGUUCUCCAAUUCCGUCAUUUCCUCCGUUUUCUGCGAGCUCGACGGGUGGAAGAGAUGCGAUCAGGAACAGGAUGGUGGGGUCGCCGCGGCUGAUAGAUAG